GCUCCACCUAUUUAUCCCCCGCGUGCCACACCCUCCCCGCCGCUCGCCCAUCACUCCCACAGUCCUCCCCGUUGCCUCCCUCAGCAGCGUUCGCAAUGGCGCGGGUCAGCAGCGCCGUCGUCCUCCUCUGCCUACUCCUCCUGGCCACGGGCUCCCUCGCGCAGUCCCCCGCGGCGGCGCCGGCCAAGGCGCCGCCAAAGUCCUCCAAGGCCACGCCGGCGCCGGCCGCCACCCCGCCGGCCUCCGACGCGUCCGCCACCACCCCCGCCGCCGCGCCGUCCACCGCCACCCCGGCCGCGCCCGCGCCCAAGUCCGCCUCCAAGGCCAGCCCGGCCCCGGCCGCCGCGCCGACCACCACCCCGGCCCCCGCCGCGGCGCCGACGACCAAGCCCACGUCCAAGGCCCCCGCGCCCGCGCCCCCCGCCCCGGCACCCGCGGCCGCGCCGCCGGCGCCCGUGCCCGAGGUGCCGGCCGCCGCGCCGGCGCCGGAGACGAAGCCCGCCGAGGCGCCCGCCCCCGCGCCCGCCAAGAAGAAGAAGCCGUCGUCGCCGCCCAAGAGCAAGAAGAAGAAGAAGGGCGCGUCCGCGCCCGCCCCGGCCGCCGAGGCUCCCGUCGCCAAGAAGCACAAGGCCGCCGACGCGCCCGCGACCGACGCCGAGGCCCCCGGGCCCAGCGGCGACUCCGCCGCCGCCGACACCGCGGGCGCCGCAGGGAUGACCACGGGGCGGACGGCGGCGGGCGCGAUCGCGUCGGCCGCCGCGGUGGCGCUGGGCGCGGCGGCGCUGCUCGCCUAGAUCCCGGAUGCCUUGCUCUGUGUCUGUGACCCACAGGAUUCGAUUCGAUGCUGCUACUGGCCGUGCCGCCUGCAUCACUUUUCCCUGCUCUUUUUAUCUUUUGUGUAAUUUGGGAAAGGGGGGCUGGCUGUGCCUUUCCUGCGUGUAGUGUAGGACGGGUGCAUUCUUUUGCUUUAGGUCAGUCAGAGAUGGUAUGGGAAGAGAGGGUGUGAGAGGAGGGGACGCUGUGCCUGUGUAAUGUUCAGAUUUACUUAUAUCUAUAUAUCAUUUGUUAUUGCUUCA